UUUUUUCCGGGGAGGCCAGGUCUUGCUGUCACCGAGGCUGGAGUGCUGUGGGAUCCUGGCCACUGCAGCCUUGAAUUCCUGGGCUCAAGUGAUUCUCCUGCCUCAGUAGCUAGGACUACAGGCCCUCAUCAUCCUGCCUGGAUAGUUUUAAAAAAUAUUUUUAAAAGAUUUUUAGAGAUGGGGUCUUCCAAUGCUGCCCAGAUUGGUCUCCAACUUCUGGCCUCAGCCUCCCUAGGGUCUGGGAUUACAGGCGGGAGCCACCCUGCCUGGACCCAUCCUUUUGCUGAGUCAUCACAGUUUUGCUCAUUCCCACACCAGGCUCUGGCCCCCAAUACCAGCUCAGUUGCUCAAUGGGCUGUUUGUCCUGGAGCCCAGAUGGACUGUGGCCGGGCAAGUGGAUCACAGGCCUGGCCAGCCUAGGAGUUGCCACAUGUGAGGGGCCGAGGGGCUCAAGGAGGGGAACAUCGGGGAGAGGAGCCCACUGGGUGGAGGCUGGGGGUCCCAGCAGGAAAUGGUGAGACAAAGGGCGCUGGCUGGCAGGAAGACAGCACAGGAAGGUCCUAGAGCUUCCUCAGUGCAGCUGGACUCUCCUGGAGACCUUCACACACCCUGAUAUCUGGGCCCCGCGCCACGAGGGUGCUUUCACUGGUCUGCACCAUGGCCCAGGCCCUGGGAUUUUGAACAGCUCUGCAGGUGAAUGAAAGGUGCGGCCAGGCUGGGGAACCACCACAUUAGAGCCCGACCUGGUUUUCAGCCCCAGCCCCGCCACUGACUGGCUUUGUGAGUGCGGGCAGGUCACUCAGCCUCCCUAGGCCUCAGUGACUUCCCUGAAAGCAAGAAUUCCACUUUCUUGCUGUUGUGAUGGUGGUAAGGGAACAGGCCUGGCUCUGGCCCCUGACGCGGGAACAUGGAGCUGAUCCAGGACAUCUCUCGCCCGCCACUGGAGUACGUGAAGGGGGUCCCGCUCAUCAAGUACUUUGCAGAGGCACUGGGGCCCCUGCAGAGCUUCCAGGCCCGGCCCGAUGACCUGCUCAUCAGCACCUACCCCAAGUCCGGCACCACCUGGGUAAGCCAGAUUCUGGACAUGAUCUACCAGGGCGGUGACCUGGAGAAGUGUCACCGAGCUCCCAUCUUCAUGCGGGUGCCCUUCCUUGAGUUCAAAGUCCCAGGGAUUCCCUCAGGGAUGGAGACUCUGAAAGACACAGCAGCACCACGACUCCUGAAGACACACCUGCCCCUGGCUCUGCUCCCCCAGACUCUGUUGGAUCAGAAGGUCAAGGUGGUCUAUGUUGCCCGCAACGCAAAGGAUGUGGCGGUUUCCUACUACCACUUCUACCACAUGGCCAAAGUGUACCCUCACCCUGGGACCUGGGAAAGCUUCCUGGAGAAGUUCAUGGCUGGAGAAGUGUCCUAUGGGUCCUGGUACCAGCACGUGCAGGAGUGGUGGGAACUGAGCCGCACCCACCCUGUUCUCUACCUCUUCUAUGAAGACAUGAAGGAGAACCCCAAAAGGGAGAUCCAAAAGAUCCUGGAGUUUGUGGGGCGCUCCCUGCCAGAGGAGACUGUGGACCUCAUGGUUGAGCACACGUCGUUCAAGGAGAUGAAGAAGAACCCUAUGACCAACUACACCACCGUCCCCAGGGAGUUCAUGGACCACAGCAUCUCCCCCUUCAUGAGGAAAGGCAUGGCUGGGGACUGGAAGACCACCUUCACCGUGGCGCAGAAUGAGCGCUUCGAUGCGGACUAUGUGGAGAAGAUGGCAGGCUGCAGCCUCAGCUUCCGCUCUGAGCUGUGAGAGGGGUUCCUGGAGUCACUGCAGAGGGAGUGUGCGAAUCAAGCCUGAUCAAGAGGCUCCAGAAUAAAGUAUGAUUUGUGUUC